AUGACCGACCUCACACCUGUCCUCAAUGAGCUCCUGAAGGGCCAUGAUGCCCCGCCCACUGCGAAGCCGUCUUUGACUCUCCAAAACAUUGACGAGUUCCUUAAGGAAGCAUACCGAAUAAACUCACAUAUUACAACUCUCCAUGCCUACCUCCGAAAUAUACGGCAGUCCUAUCUUUCCACUGCACCCCCGCCGAGACGCACACAUCUAGCAAAAGACACACAAUGGAAAUACCUAACAGACCGCCAAAGGGAGGAAAUCGAUGCCGAGACUAAACAGUUAUUGCGCGAGCUUAAUGCAAGCAUUCGAAAUUUAGCAGAAGCGGAACAACUACGCCAGGACACUGACUCUACCGUCACACGCAAGAAAUAUGCGCGCUUAGGCCUGGGGGCAAUUGGGAGUUGGGCUGCAGGAGGAGCAGGGCAGACGAAAUCCUCGGAACAGGAGCUGGAAGAGGCGCGAGCCAACACGAUCAGUGGGCAUCGAGAGAGCGUUCUAUGGUAUCUACGGCAGAAAUUACAGGCAUGUGGAAGCUUCCAGGCGUCGAUGAUGGAAAAGCGGAUAACGCGAGAGAUGGAGAAGAACAAGAGUGUGCUGGCCAAUUCUAGAGCUGGCCAGAUGCCAGAGCUUGGUGGUUUCUCAGACGGCGGGUCUGUCCCUCUGUCGAAGCACCAAGCCAGCACUGCUGCCCAUCAUAUAGAGAGCCAAGAGCUGGAUCCGGAGCAGGAGUUAACCCCUGAGCAGAUUCAGGUGUUUGAGAAGGAGAACCAGGAUAUGCUGAAGCAUUAUGAGUCUACCUUGGUCCAAGUCCAGACUGCUGAAAAGUCACUUGUUGAAAUCGGCCAGCUACAGGCACAACUGGUGAACAACCUCGCCACGCAAUCAGCGCACGUCGAUCAGUUGGUAUCUGAUUCGUUCCUCACAACAGAGAAUGUUGGGGGUGGCAACAAACAGUUAAAGAAGGCCACGGAGCGGAAGAGUACUGCAAAAUAUUGGAAUACAACAAGCAUUUUACUUACUACCCCUAAUCAUAAUCGGACAUUGGAACGUUUAAAUAUCAAGUUCGUCAUAUGCGGUUCGGAGCGUGCGCGUUCCUGCCUUCCAGAACCUCCAGAACCACCAGAAUCACCGGGAAUUGCUGCACGAGUCCGACCUCUCUCCACGACUCGGAUUUUAUUCACUAAGGCUCGCUUGGCCGCUGCAUCACCCCACGCUAUGUCACCCCAUACUUCCCCACAGAAUUCGAGCUCAGUCUUCAAGUCAAACUCAAACUCAAACUCAACCAAAAACAACUCCACAGGCACCCCAAACAGAAGAUUGCAGAAUAUCACCGCACACAUGUCUCCCUCAAAUACAACAAGCUUCGGCGCCAAUGCCGUGCCCCAAGCUCCCGAAGAUCCCCUCUUCGGGCUAAUGGCUGCCUAUCGAGCAGACACCAAUCCCCAGAAAGUAGAUCUUGGAAUUGGAGCAUACAGAGAUAACGAUGCAAAGCCCUGGGUUCUCCCCGUGGUCAAGAAGGCCGACGAGAUUCUUCGAAAUGACCCCGCUCUAAACCACGAAUAUCUCCCUAUCGCCGGCCUCGCAUCCUUCACCUCUGCCGCCGCAAAGUUGAUUCUAGGCGCCUCAUCACCGGCCAUUGCAGAGAAGCGCGUGUGCAGUCUGCAAACCAUCUCCGGCACAGGAGCCGUCCAUCUCGGCGGAGCCUUCCUCUCAAAAUUCUACCCCGGAAAGCCCACCGUCUACUUCAGCAACCCAACAUGGGCGAACCACAACCAAAUCUUCUCCAAUGUACAUAUUCCCAUCGCCACAUACCCCUACUUCUCCAAGGAGACAAAGGGUCUUGAUUUCGAGGGCAUGAAAAAGGCCAUUUCCGGAGCACCGGAGCGCAGCAUCAUCCUACUGCACGCCUGCGCACACAACCCCACUGGUGUUGACCCCACACAGGACCAAUGGAAGGAACUCGCCGAGAUCCUGAAGCAGAAGUCACAUUUCCCCUUCUUCGACUGCGCAUACCAGGGUUUCGCCUCAGGCGAUCUUGCGAAGGAUGCUUGGGCAGUCCGCUACUUCGUCGAGCAAGGCUUCGAGCUCUGCAUUGCGCAGUCCUUCUCCAAGAACCUCGGUCUCUACGGUGAGCGUGCUGGAUGCUUCCACUUUGUUACCAACCCAGGAACCGACGCAGAGACGACGGUUAAGAGAAUUGCAUCUCAGCUCGCUAUUCUACAACGGUCUGAGAUCUCAAACCCCCCCGCCUACGGAGCAAGAGUUGCAAGCUUGAUCCUGAACGACGAGGCGCUGUUCAAGGAGUGGGAAGAGAAUCUGCGGACUAUGUCCGGCAGGAUAAUCACCAUGCGAGAUGCGCUGAAGAACAAGCUACAGGAACUCGGUACCCCUGGGACCUGGAACCAUAUCACGGAUCAGAUCGGCAUGUUCUCAUUCACCGGCUUGAACGAGGCGCAGGUCUUGAAGUUGAGAGAGGUAGCCCAUAUCUAUAUGACCAAGAAUGGCCGCAUCAGUAUGGCGGGCUUAAAUACUAACAAUGUCGAGUAUUUUGCCAAGGCGGUGGAUAAGGUUGUGAGGGAAUCCCAAUAG